UCCCUCGUUCAGCCAGAAGCUUCAGCCACCCCUUCCUUUCUCCGUCUUCCCUUCUCGAUCUUCUUGUUUCACGUCUCUCCUUCUUCUUACAACUUCCCUUCUCUAUUAUCUUCUCGAACUGGUUCGAAGUGGCGACCAAACACAGCUGCCGCUCCCUCGUUCAGCCGGAAGCUCCUCUCCAGUUUCUUGCUUCUUCCCUCUACUUUCCACGACCAACAUUGAUUUCAAGAAGAAGACCGUUAGAAGCCAUACUGUUUCAAAAAGCAGAGAUCUACACAUAGUUGCAGAACCUACCGCAGUACUCAACCGUCUCUCUCAUCACAGCCAAUAAUCAGUUCAAAACAAUUGAAAGCUCAGAUUAUAUAGGAGAAGAUCACUUGGUUUAUAUUAACUGAGUUAUUUAUAUAUUGGCAAAGUGAUGGAAAAAGAGGCAAUAACACUAAUUGAAAAAAUCCAAGGCUUUAGUUCAUCUUCAUCACCUCCUAGCAAAUGAUAACCAUCUAUAGGAUGGCUCUAGGGAAGAAGUAUGGUGGAGAAGAGGGUGGUGGUCCGAGGUCUAAAGGAAUGUUUAGGGAAAUAGGAUAUUUGCUAGGAACUUUUAAUAUAGCCGACUUCAUACCAUGGCUUGGCUGGGUGAAUUAUGUAAAUCGGUUGGAGAAAAGGAUGGAGAAGACUUCUGUAGAGAUAGAUUUUUCUCUUGAUAUUGUGAUUCAAGAACACAGAAAUGGACAUAGAAAAAAGAACUACCAUGAUAAUGAUGCAGGUACUGACUUGGUAGACUCACUCCUUCAGAUUGAAAAGGACAGGACCUCGGGAAUUCCUAUUUGGAACGAUAACAUCAAAGCCAUUAUAUUGGAUAUGUUUGGCACCGGAACUGAUUCCACAAGUAUACUUCUAGAAUGGACAAUGGCAGAAAUUUUAAAGCAUCCAGAAGUCAUGAAAGAAGUUCAAGAGGAAGUUAGGGGAGUCACAAGGGGCAAAGCGAAUAUUACAGAAGUUAAUAUAAAACAAAUGCAUUAUUUGAAUGCAGUGAUUAAAGAGACACUAAGACUGCAUCAUUCACUCUCAUUAUUGAUUCCGCGUUAAUUGACAGAAAAUGUCAAUAUAUAAGGGUUUGAUAUUCCAACCAAUGCAAUAGUAAUAAUCAAUGCAUGGGCCAUUAGAAGGGACCCUGUAUCCUAGGAUGAACCCGAGAAGUUCAAACUAAAGAGGUUCUUGAAUGAUGCUCAUAUUGACUCCGAUUGAGUGGGGAGGACUUAGAUAUGAUAGAAGCUACUGGUAUUUCAAGCCAUUUAAACUACCCUCUUAUAGUUCUUUCAACUCCUCACUACUAAUGGUGAGGAGGAAUUUUUGUGCCUCUCUUACCAUUUGUACUGCCCCACAUAAAUAGAUUUUUUUUUUUUUUGGUAACUGAGAUGUUUUUAUAAAUUCUUCUAUAAAUCCAUGCGAUAUUAUUAGUGCCUCA